CUUUAACUCAUGAAAGGAUUUACAUCCCCAGUUCUCUCCUUUCCUUGACCCACUUGAUCCCUAUAUAAUUGCACCUCUCACGUCAACAUUAAUCACCCAUACAAAGAAGAUGAGUUCUUCCAAGGCCUUACAAGCUGGAUCUUCUUUCUCUCUCUGGUCCUCUUCUUCUUCUUCUUCUUCCAUCCAUCCGUAGACUCAUGAUGUAUUCUUGAGUUUUAGAGGUGAUGAUGUUCGCCAAAAAUUUAUUUCUCAUCUAUACGCUGCUUUGCAUAAAAGGGGAAUCAACACUUACAUAGACAACAAUCUCAAAAAAAGAGAGGAAAUUGAAGGGGAACUUCUCAAAGCAAUUGAAGGAUCAAUGAUUUCUAUCAUUGUACUCUCUAAGAACUAUUCCGAUUCCAGAUGAUGUUUAGAUGAGCUAUUGAAGAUCCUUGAGUGUAAGGAAACGGUGAAACAAAUUGUUUUACCCCUGUUUUAUGAUGUAGAUCCAUCAGAUGUACGGCAUCAAAAAAGAAGUUUUGGAGAAGCAUUCGCUAGAGUUGAAUAUAAGUUCAAGGCUGAUAAAGUAAAGCUUACAGAGUGGAAGGCAGCUUUAGAAAAUGUAGCCAAUUUGUCCGGAUUUGUAUUAGGAGAAAGGAAUGAAUCAGACUUUAUUCUGUACAUCACUACAUGGGUGGACUCGAUAAUGGCAAUGAAGCUCGUAAGCUCUUUAGCUUGCAUGCUUUCGAGAAAGAAGAACCACUUGACGGUUAUGCAGAAGUCUUUGAAAAAGUCAUGCAAUAUGCUCAAGGUCUUCCACUAGCUUUAACAGUACUGGGUUCAAGUCUAAAAGAUCAAACCGUUCUUCAAUGGGAAGGGGCAUUGGAUCAAUAUAAACAAAUACCCGACGAAAAAAUUCAGAGUGUACUUCAAGUAAGUUAUGAUGGACUAACAGUAAAUGAGAAGAACAUGUUUCUUGAUAUUGCAUGUUUCUUCAAAGGAGAACUUUCAGCUGAUGUCAUGAAAAUAUUUGAGAGUUGUAAUUUCUAUCCUAAGGUUGGUAUCUCGAGGCUAAUAGACAAGUGUCUUAUCACUGUUGGGUUUCAUAUUGGGAUGCACGACUUGCUACAAGACAUGGGCAGAGAAAUUGUCCAAAAGGAAUCCAAAGAACCAGGCGCACGUAGUAGAUUAUGGUCUUAUGAAGAUAUUUGCCAUGUACUAGUGGAAAAUACAGAGCUCGUUAUUUUUAAAAUGUAUGAAGGCCGCAUCAAGGAGAUCAUUAGCGGGCAAUUUAAGAACUUGACGAAAAUGAAAUUUUCCAAUUGUAAGUUCUUAACUGAAAUUUUGGAUCUUUCUAGUUGCUCAAAUUUAGAGGAAUUGGUUAUUGCAUGGUGUGAAAAUUUAGUUGAAGUUCAUGAUUCUGUUGGAUUGCUGGAUAAGCUUGUUGGUUUGCAACUUUAUGGAUGCCCUAACGUGAAGCGUUUUCCAAGGCGUCUCAAGUUGAGAUCACUUAGAUACCUUAAACUUCUUGAUUGCUCAAAACUUGAAGACUUUUCACAAAUCAAGUGUAAAAUGGAACUUUUACGUUCCAUUGAUUUGUGUGGCACUCAAAUAAAAGAAUGGGCUUCAUCCAAUAUUGGGUACCUCACUCCUACACUUCGUUCGCUAUCUUUGGAACCAUCCAUUCAUCUGUCGCAAAAUCAAAAGGAGUUUUGUCUCAGUGACUACCCUAUAAGGCUGAUUGCUAAAGUUGAAUGGAAUUCACACUUUAAAAGAUGCUUCACUGGGAUUGAACAUUUAUUAUUAACAGGAGGCGGCAUAAACCUGGCGCAUCUCCUAAUCGGCAUUCCUCACAUGCGAGAUCUAAAGAGUCUCUCUCUCCAAAAUCCUACAAAUCUUGCAAUAGAUGAAAUAUAUUCAUCCAUUGGGUACUUCACUGGGCUUGAAAAAUUGCAACUACGUGCACGGCCGAUUUUUAAUAAUUCGUAUCUUGACGGCUUUUCAUUUUAUUGCUCAUCCACUUUGCAAGAGUUAGAUCUAUCUAGAAGUGUUAUUGUCGAACUUCCUCCGAGCAUGAAAAGCUUUGUUAAAUUGAGGAUUCUCACAUUGUUCAGUUGCAAUAAACUUCAAGAAAUUCUACAUCUUCCACCAAAUAUACAAGAGUUAGAUGCUCAUGAUUGUUUCUCCUUGGAAAGAUGCCCAGAAGUAUCAACAAAAUUUACAUUCUAUACAUGUGACUUGCGAGAGCUAAGAUGGAUUGAUUUGAACCGUUGCAAAAAAUUGGAUGCAAAUAUAGGGAGUCAGGUGCCAGAUCCUUCAUUUGUUGAGGAACAUAUUUAGGACCAUUCAUGUGGUAUUACAUUUCCAGGGAAUAAGAUUCCAGAUUGGUUUAGCCAUACUAAGGAGACUUCUUAUAGUCAUUCUUGUGAAUUGGAUAUUAGUGGGCCCUUGUAUUUGGAUAAAAUCAUAGGAAUUGUUUUAUGUGUUGUUCUUGGAAAAGACUCGGAUGGGUCAGAUGGAGUGGCGACCAAUAUUCAUAUUUCUAUAAACGGUAACCGGCUUACAAAAUCAGAAGAAGCAUUUUUUAUACCUGAUGACUCUGAUGAUGGAGACAGUGAUGAUGGAGAUUGGUUUAUACCUAAUUACCGGCUUGUACAAACAGAAUUUUUUAUGCGUGAUGACUGGGAUCAUGUCUAUCUAAACUACUCAUUUCCAGAAUCUAUAGAGAAAUGGCUACGGUACCCAACAGGAGACAAUCUAAGGUUUAUAUUUGAGAGCGAAUGGCAAGAACCGGUCAUUAAAAGUUGUGGAGUUCACAUAAUCUAUAAGCAUGAAGAGAAUGAGAGCUUAACGGUUGGGAAGUGCUCAGUAGAUUCAUCGAAUAGUAUCCAACUUUCUAAGAGACACCGAGAUGAUGAUGACAACAACUUGGAAUUCAACGGGCAUCCACAACACAAGCGGCGCUCUCAAAACUUGGGCAAUUCAAAUGUGGUUGACGAUGAUUUCGCAGAAGCAGAAGGAGGCUAUGAGGGAAGUUUAAAAGAAGAAGAAGUACCUGCCUCUCGAUCUGCGUCCCAAGAAGGCCAGGGAAAUUCGGAGAAGGCAGACUGAAGGCUUACUAGGCACCAGGUCAAUGUCUUUGCAUUCAUAAAAUUCCCCAUUUUGGUCCUUUUUUUUAUUGGAUUAAUUUUGUUGGAUUGGUUUCAUGAUAUUAAUGGCGUGUACAAGGAUUUUACGCUGCUGGUGCAAAAGGGUUUCUCAAAUGAUGGGCAAAAGUCAAAGCAAAUUUGGAGGAAACAUGUGUGGGUGGUGUUGUUGCUGGACUUGUUUGUGUGCUCGGUGUUGUUCGUGAUAUGGUUGUGGGUCUGCAGGGGGUUUAACUGCAUUGCAGGUUAAUUUGGGAUUGAAUGGUUGAGUUGGGGGCAUUUUGGUUCGUUUUAGGACAGAGGCAUGACUUUCACUAGCCAUUGGUGUAUGAUGAGGACGAAUAAGCAAGUGUCGUUGAUUUCUUCUUUUGGUAAUUUAAUUUAAUCUUUGUAUCAUGAUAGUUAGCAAGCUCUUUCUAUUGCGUCAGCUAACUAUAAGAUUGUAGACUGCAUUGUCUUGUGCAGGAAAGUUUUCUUUUGAUAUUUAUGUGGUCACACAAAGCUAGUCUCCCGUUUUAGCUGGCUUAUGCUUCUCUUUUUUGUUUCCAUUUUU